UCUGCUUGUCUCUGCAGGUAUUAAAAAGUAUGUUGUUGGACUUAUUAUCAAGACGUCGUCGGACGCUACAAUGGUCGAGAAAGAGAAAGUGUACAUUGGAAAGCUGAACAUGAUCCUUGUUCAGAUCCUGAAGCAGGAGUGGCCCAAGCACUGGCCCACGUUCAUCAGUGACAUCGUGGGAGCCAGCCGCACCAGCGAGAGCCUCUGUCAGAACAACAUGAUCAUCCUCAAGCUGCUCAGUGAGGAGGUGUUUGACUUCUCUAGUGGACAGAUGACCCAGGUCAAGGCCAAGCACCUCAAAGACAGCAUGUGCAACGAAUUCUCCCAGAUAUUCCAGCUCUGCCAGUUUGUCAUGGAGAAUUCCCAGAAUGCACCACUGGUCCACGCCACUCUAGAAACGCUGCUGAGAUUUCUCAACUGGAUUCCUCUGGGGUACAUUUUCGAGACCAAACUCAUCAGCACACUCGUCUACAAGUUCCUGAACGUGCCGAUGUUCCGCAACGUGACGCUGAAGUGUCUGACGGAGAUCGCCGGCGUCAGUGUCAGUCAAUACGAGGAGCAGUUUGUCAACCUCUUCACGCUCACCAUGUGUCAACUCAAACAGAUGCUUCCCCUGAACACCAACAUUCGUCUGGCGUAUUCCAACGGUAAGGAUGACGAGCAGAACUUCAUCCAGAACCUCAGCCUGUUUCUCUGCACCUUCCUGAAGGAGCACGGUCAGCUCAUCGAGAAGAGGCCCAACCUCCGAGAGACACUGAUGGAGGCUCUCCACUACAUGCUGCUGGUGUCUGAGGUGGAGGAGACAGAGAUCUUUAAGAUCUGUCUGGAGUACUGGAACCAUCUGGCUGCAGAGCUUUACAGGGAGAGUCCCUUCUCCACGUCCACCUCCCCCCUGCUGUCUGGAUCACAACACUUCGAUGUCCCUCCUCGCAGACAGCUCUACCUGCCUGUACUCUCCAAGGUGCGUCUGCUGAUGGUGAGCCGCAUGGCCAAGCCGGAGGAGGUGCUGGUGGUGGAGAACGACCAGGGAGAGGUGGUACGAGAGUUCAUGAAGGACACAGACUCCAUCAACCUCUACAAGAACAUGAGAGAGACACUGGUGUACCUGACCCAUCUGGACUAUGCAGACACGGAGCGUAUAAUGACAGAGAAGCUUCAUAACCAGGUGAACGGUACAGAGUGGUCCUGGAAGAACCUCAACACACUGUGCUGGGCUAUAGGGUCCAUCAGUGGAGCCAUGCACGAAGAGGACGAGAAGAGGUUCCUGGUCACCGUCAUCAAGGAUCUGCUGGGUCUAUGUGAACAGAAGAGGGGAAAGGACAAUAAGGCCAUCAUUGCCUCCAAUAUCAUGUACAUCGUGGGCCAGUACCCUCGCUUCCUCAGAGCCCACUGGAAGUUCCUCAAGACCGUUGUCAAUAAACUCUUUGAGUUCAUGCACGAGACCCAUGAUGGGGUACAGGAUAUGGCGUGUGACACUUUCAUCAAGAUCGCCCAGAAGUGUCGUCGCCAUUUUGUCCAGGUGCAGGUGGGCGAGGUGAUGCCUUUCAUAGACGAGAUCCUCAACAAUAUCAACACCAUCAUCUGUGACCUGCAGCCACAGCAGGUCCAUACGUUCUACGAGGCCGUGGGGUACAUGAUCGGAGCCCAGACAGACCAGGCAGUACAAGAGCAUAUCAUAGAGAAAUACAUGUUACUGCCUAACCAGGUGUGGGACAGCAUCAUUCAACAGGCCACCAAGAACGUGGACAUUCUGAAGGACCCAGAGACGGUGAAGCAGCUCGGCAGCAUCCUGAAGACCAACGUCCGGGCCUGUAAGGCCGUGGGACACCCCUUCGUUAUCCAGUUAGGACGCAUUUAUCUGGACAUGCUCAACGUCUACAAGUGCCUCAGCGAAAACAUCUCCGCAGCCAUCCAGACCAACGGAGAGAUGGUGACCAAACAGCCCCUGAUCAGAAGUAUGAGGACGGUGAAAAGAGAGACGCUCAAACUCAUCUCCGGCUGGGUCAGCAGAUCCAGCGAUCCACAGAUGGUGGGGGAGAACUUUGUUCCGCCGCUGCUCGACGCCGUUCUCAUCGACUACCAGCGCAACGUCCCCGCCGCCCGGGAGCCCGAAGUCCUCAGCACCAUGGCAACCAUCGUCAACAAGCUGGGCGGACACAUCACCGGGGAGAUCCCGCAGAUCUUCGAUGCCGUGUUCGAAUGCACGCUCAACAUGAUCAAUAAAGACUUUGAGGAGUACCCGGAACACAGGACUCAUUUCUUCUACCUGCUGCAGGCGGUCAACUCCCAUUGUUUCCCAGCAUUCCUGGCCAUCCCUCCGGCCCAGUUCAAACUGGUGCUGGACUCCAUCAUCUGGGCCUUCAAACACACCAUGAGGAACGUGGCCGACACAGGCCUUCAGAUCCUCUACACUCUACUGCAGAACGUGACUCAGGAAGAGGCUGCAGCACAGAGCUUCUACCAGACAUACUUCUGUGACAUCCUCCAACACAUCUUCUCUGUGGUCACUGACACAUCACACACUGCUGGCCUGACGAUGCAUGCCUCCAUCCUGACCUACAUGUUUAACCUGGUGGAGGAAGGGAAGAUCAACACCCAGCUCAACCCCUCCAACCCCGGCAACAACCAGGUCUUCAUACAGGAGUACGUGGCCAACCUGCUCAAAACUGCUUUCCCACACCUACAGGAUGCCCAGGUCAAGGUGUUCGUAACAGGACUGUUCAGUCUUAACCAGGAUAUUGCAGCCUUCAAGGAACACCUGAGGGACUUCCUGGUACAGAUUAAGGAGUUUGCAGGGGAGGACACCACAGACCUGUUCCUAGAGGAGCGGGAGGCGUCGCUGCGUCAGGCGCAGGAGGAGAAACACAAGCUGCAGAUGUCCGUUCCCGGUAUCCUCAACCCACACGAAAUACCGGAGGAGAUGUGUGACUGAGACGUCCAGCCACUGCGCCACAUGAACCAAACUGCUGUUACUGUACAUACAGGCAUACCAACAAACACACAAAACUAACCCAAACAGGAGGAAAGAAGAGAGGUGGGAGGCCCCCGGUCACUUUGCAGAGGUACGGAGAGAGCAGACACGCCCGUCCUCAUCCGUCAGGUGUUUUUGUCCACCGAAAACCAUGUCAAUAUGUAAAUGACGACGUGCUGCGUCCCCCCCGUGGCCCGUUACACCUACAUUUUAUAUGGAGACUUCUGUGUACUGUUUCCACUGUUUAUUUGGUCAGGGGUCACCCCCCCCCCCCCCCGCUGCAUGACAUGAAGCAGACGUAUGGCAAGACUUCUGAACUUCACUUGUUUCCUCUCCUCCACAUGUUAUCACACACACACACACACAUAUAUAUACAUAGUGAGACAGGAGAGUUUUUGUGCAACAAGGCAUAUGUGUCAAAAAGUUCUCAGCAAAGAGGCUUCUAGAACUAUGAUGUGACAGACGGGAAGGAAUGAAGUGGUGUUCUAGAAGUGUGUGUCUGAUUCCCAACCCAAUGCAUUGUGGUUAGAAUGUGAAGCUAGCGGAUUAUGAAGGAAGGAAGUCAGAGAUGCUGCUGCUUUGUGUGUCAGGUGGUCAUGCUAGCGGCCGUGCUCAUUGGUUGAACCUCCGCCCAACUGAAAGAAACCUACUGCGUUUGGUCGCCUGGCUGUGACUGGAGGCGGGAACUAGGAAGACAGGAAGGAGCAUCAUCGGCGCAAGACAGUCAGAUUAUGUGCAUAUCAUCCCCAUUCUAUAGCACAUGAAUUACCAUGGGAACAUCAUUAUUAUUUAGUGUAUUUUUUUGUGGGUGUGUAGAGUGCGUGUGCUGUUGCCUAGACGACAUGGGCGUUUACUUUUCCUCUGUGAGGAUCGUCGCUCCAUGUUGAGCUCUUCAUUAAAAUGGACCUUUAACAGAAAGAAGAAGCGGUUAUUGACAUGUUAUUUAUGGGUUCAAAAUGGCUGCAUCUUUAUAUAACAAACUCCCGUUUAACUUCUGUCAGUCGGCUUUUGAGAUUCUGAAUUGGAACUAAUUGACAUUUGUUUACCAUGCGAGUAGUGCUUCAACAACACUACCUAGAAGACAAGCAAAAAAUAAACACAACUCGGUUUACAUUUCAUUUUGUAUUUUUGCAUUGUUCAUUUGGAUCUUUAUAACAUGUCUUCUAUCCAAAAUAAAACAAAAGGCUUUUUAUUCCAGAGUGAAAUAAUUAGUUGCCAAUAGUUUGAUUAAGCAACAAAUGUAUAAUUCCUAAUCCAAACUCAAUCUGUAAAUAGCAAAUAGUUCCCCUUCUCUACUCGUUACAGUUGUUGUGAAACUUUUUGAACUGAUUAAAGUUGAGGAUUUUAUAA